UGGCUGGCUGACUCGUCUUUCAACAGCCAAACCGCCUUAGCGGCACUGAGAGCGGAAUGGCAACGGCGAGGAGACGGGGGGAGAAGGUGUGGUGAGGAGGAGACAGUUUAACUGGACCAGAGAAGCAGCAGCAGCAGCAGCAGCAGCAUCCUCACUGUCUGAAGAAACGCGCCGUGUGGUACGUCGACCAGUCUGCGCUCACACUGAUAAAACGAUGCUCCAGCGCGCCGCACUGUCGCUGCAGCUGACCAGGUGUUGGACCAAAGAACAGGGACGGCGUUGACGUGACAGGGGAGAAACUUGUAUGUAUGUGUUGUGUGCCCUUCUCCCUGGUCCCGUACGCAGACGACCGAGAAGAUGCUAAGCCGACUGAUGAGCAGCAGCAUCAGGAGUCUGGACAGGGAAUGCAACUGCACCGUGAGGCUGCUGGACGACUCGGAGUACACCUGCACGAUUCAGCGUGAUGCUAAGGGACAGUACCUGUUUGACCUCAUCUGCCACCAUCUCAACCUACUAGAGAAAGACUACUUUGGCAUCAGAUAUGUUGACCCAGACAAGCAGAGGCACUGGUUGGAUUUUACAAAGUCAAUUGCCAAACAAAUGAAAUCCCAGCCUCCAUUCACUAUGUGUUUGCGUGUCAAGUUUUACCCACCUGACCCUGCUGCCCUGAAAGAGGAAAUCACUAGAUAUCUCGUCUUCCUGCAGGUUAAGAGGGAUCUCUACCAUGGUCGCCUUCUGUGCAAAACAUCAGAUGCUGCUCUGUUGGCUGCUUACAUAUUACAAGCUGAAAUUGGUGACUAUGACCCUGGGAAACACCCAGAGGGCUACAGCUCCAAGUUCCAGUUCUUUCCCAAGCACUCAGAAAGGCUGGAGCGGCGGAUUGCUGAGAUCCACAAGACUGAGCUAAUAGGUCAGACUCCUGAAACAUCAGAGCUCAACUUCCUCCAGAAGGCUCAGAUGCUGGAGACGUAUGGCGUGGACCCUCAUCCAUGCAAGGAUGUGUCUGGCAACCCAGCUUUUCUGGCUUUCACUCCUUUUGGAUUCACUGUGCUGCAAGGGAACAGGAGGAUCCACUUCCUCAAAUGGGAGGAGGUGACCAAACUCAAGUUUGAAGCUAAGACAUUCCAUAUAUAUGCAAAUCAGAAGGAGGAUAAGAAGAUCAUACUCACAUACUUUGCACCUACACCUGAGGCCUGUAAGCAUUUGUGGAAGUGUGGAGUCGAGAACCAGGCCUUCUACAAGUUGGAGAAGUCGAGUCAAGUCCGCACUGUGUCCAGUAGUAAUCUCUUUUUCAAGGGUAGUCGCUUUCGAUACAGUGGAAAAGUUGCAAAAGAAGUAAUGGAACAAAGUGCCAAAAUUAAAAGAGACCCCCCUGAAAUUCACAGGGCUGGCAUGGUGCCAAGUCGGAGCUGUCCAUCCAUCACACAUGGCCCUCGCUUGACCAGCGUGCCCAGGACCCGACGAAGAGCCGUGCACAUCUCCAUCAUGGAGGGUCUGGAGUCCCUUCGUGACAGCGCCCACUCCACACCCGUGCGCUCAGUCUCUCAUGGCGGCUCCUUCAUGCCUUCCCGUGGCCAGAUGGUGGACGGCAGCGAGGUCAGCACCUCAGCCGUUAUCUCCGAUGAGGCCUACAGCCCCUCAGACAGUGUGCUGCCUACACCUGUGGCCGAACAUGGGAUGGAGAUGCCUUUGGCGCGCCACCUCAAUGGCUCUACUUGCAGCAUCGAUGAGAAGGAGUCGGAGGCAGGAACAUCGAAGGAAGGACAAGCAGCCGAGUUUGGGCCUGGCAGGAGGGCACUGCAUAUGGUCCAGAGCAGGCCAUCACCACAAGGCGAUGUGGAGGAGCUGAACAAGUUCAUCCUGAGCGUGUUACGUCUGUUUCUGGUUACCAUCGGACUGCUGUUCGCCUUGCUGCUGCUCCUCAUCAUGCUGACAGAGUCAGACCUUGACAUUGCCUUCCUGAGAGACAUCCGCAAGACACCUGAAUUCCAGCAGUUCCACUUUGAAUACUUCUGCCCUCUGCGGCGUUGGUUUGCCUGUAAGCUGCGGUGGAUAGGAGGUUUCCUCAUCAGCCAGUGAGUCUGAGUGACAGAUGCAGACAUUGAGUGACACAACAGAGGCCUCCACUGAUGGAAAUGGGAGAUAUACAAUAGACAGGUCAGAGGAGUGAGGGGAGGGCAAAGGAAAAAGAUGGCAACAUGUUCCCAACAUUAACUCAACUUCUCCCUGAAGAGCCUUGUUCAUUAUGUUUGACCAUCAAGGAAAGAUGAGGCAAGAAAAUCACAUUUUACUUUGAAAAUUCAGGUCAGUUCAAGGUAUUUUAUUUUUACACAAAGUCACACCGACAGGAUUUAAUUUAAACACUGAAAUGGACAAGCAAGUCUGACAGACUUCAUUUAUUCAACCAUAGAUAAUAGCUGCCUUUAUUUUUGUAUUAACUUAUAGCUUGUAACAUUACUGUAAGAGAAUGACACGAUGUGUUGGGGUGUGUGUUGUGUGACCUGCGAGAUAGUGGCCAGUAGGGCUGCCCCCUAAAAGUCAAGUCAUUAGUCAAGAGACCUGUCAGUCGAAUGAGACUCUUCUAGUCGAGCCUUUGUUAUUUUAUUUUAUUCAGCCAGUGUGCAUUACAGUAGAAAGUAGCCCCAGCCAGUAGUUUGUUGUCUUCUUCCCAUUUUGGUGUGCCAAGCAGCAAUUUGCUCCAUACUUGCCCACUUCAGCUGUGACACUGUCCAAUAUAUCAAUGUACAUUAAAGUGCUCAUGGCAUGCUCAUUUUGCUCAUUUCCAGCCAUUUAAUGUUUAAUCUUGGGUACCUCUAGAUUAGCUUGCACCCAUCAAAACUCCAAAUAGUUUGUAAUUAUUUCAGAACGAUAAAACUCGAGAGCCUCCUCCUGAAAACAGGAUAGUUCAUGAAGGUGCACAACACCUGUUGUCAGUGUUGUGUAGACAUGUGUUUCCCCAUCGAGAUGUGUUUUCCCUAAACUGAAUCCUAACAUUAUCCUAACCAUAGCCACUGAGGGGGGGUGCUACAUGAAACCGAAUUUUGAACAGGAGAAAAACAUCUCGACGGGGGAACAAUUUUCGCCACAAGACAUGUCAAGGCCAAUGCAUAAACAAAAAACACUGACAAAUAAGCAACAUUUUUGACAAUGACAACUCAAAUCCUACCUGACAUG